AUGAGAAAAAAAUUUCUCAAUGAAUUAUGGAAUAAAAACUCUAAACAAGUAAUAAAAGAACAAAUUGAACGUGAUCAACGUAUAAAAUUGCAACAAGAUCGAGAAGAAGCUGCUCGUAUUGAACGUAUUCUAAAACAACAAUUAUAUAAUGGUGAUUUAAUUGAUGCUUAUCAACAAGAACAAAACAUCGAAUUUGAAUUAGUUUUGGAAACAAAUCCAGAAACAAAUGAUGUUGUUAUUGAAGUUGCUUUAUUACUUGUUAUCCAUAUGAAACCUCAUCAAAUUGACGGUGUUAAAUUUUUAUGGAAUCAAAUAUUUGAAUCCACAAGUCAAAUUGCAUCUAGUAUUGAUAAUUAUACUAAAAUUGAUCAAGGUGGUUCAGGUGCUAUUCUUGCUCAUUGUAUGGGAUUAGGAAAGACAUUAACUACUAUUGUACUUGUUCAUACACUUUUACGAUAUUCAAAUUUGACACAUGUUCGUCGAGUACUUAUUCUAUGUCCAAUCAACACUACUAUUAAUUGGAGAAAUGAGUUUGAUGAUUGGUUGAAAGAUCUUGAGGCAACUAUUAAUGUGUAUUUGUUCACUAAUGAUGAUAUUCGAACAGAAAAUCGAGAAGAUUUUCUUCGUACUUGGUACGAAAAUGGAGGAGUUCUAUUGAUGGGUUAUGAAAUGUAUCGUCAAUUAACCUUUACAAUUUAUGAUAAACCUGAUGAUCAAGUUAGAAAUAUUUUUAAAAUAGACAAGAAACCACCAUCAUUGAUUGAGCAAAUUAAUAUUGACACAUAUAGAAAAUAUCUACGUAAUCCAGGUCCUGAUCUAAUCAUUUGUGAUGAAGGACAUAUCAUUAAAAAUCCAAGAAGUGCCAUUGCUUCUACAUUGAGUAAAGUACGAACACGUCGUCGUAUAGUUUUGACAGGCACACCAAUGCAAAAUAAUUUGAAAGAAUAUUUUUCUAUGGUUAAUUUUUGUAAACCAAAUUUUCUUGGUACAGAACGUGAGUUUUCUCACCUCUUUCGUAAACCUAUUGAGGCUGGUCAACACCGAGAUAGUUCACCAUAUCAAGUUAAAACUAUGCGAAAUCGUAUCUCUGAUCUGAAUAAACUUUUAAAGAAUAUAAUACAUCGACGAGGUUUUGAUGUUUUACGUUCAUAUUUACCACCCAAAUUUGAAUAUGCUGUUAAGAUUAAAUGUCGACCAAUGCAACGAACACUUUAUGAAACAUAUAUUAAUUAUCAUAGAAUGAAUUCUUUCAAUGAUAAUCUUAAAUUGGCUAAAUUGUUUAGUGAUUAUCAAUAUUUAAUGAAGAUUUGGACACAUCCAUGGCUUCUUCAACCUUAUUUCACUGAAUAUUACAAUAAAAACUCAAAAGAAAAUCAAACUCAGUUUGAAAAUAUAUUUCAAGAUGAUUUUGAUGAUGAAUAUAAUAAAAUAAACGAAAUAUCAUCAACACAAAAUAUAUUAUCAUUACCACUUACAAACAUAGUUAAUCAAGAUUCUCAAGAAAAUCUAUCCAAUGCAAUGAAACAACAAUGGUGGUUCAAUAUAUUCGAUCCGACGAAUACAAAAUUCGAUUUUGAAUUAUCGGGAAAGAUUGUUAUAUUGAAAGGAAUUUUGGAUGAAUGUGAAUCAAUUGGUGAUAAAUUACUUGUAUUUAGUCGAAGUUUAAUUGUUCUUGAUUAUCUUGAACAAUGUCUUGAUUAUUGGAGUGAACAAUCUUUAUCAUCGAAAUGGGAAAAAGAUAUUGAUUAUUUUCGAAUAGAUGGUCAAGUUUCUAUUAAACAUAGAGCAGCUAAUAUAAAAUUAUUCAAUGAUACUAAUAAUACUCGUAGUCGUCUAUUUUUAAUCUCAACAACUGCUGGUGGUUUGGGAAUAAAUCUUUUUUCUGCUAAUCGUGUUAUUAUAUUGGACACUAGUUGGAAUCCAGCUCAUGAUCUUCAAGCUAUGUUUCGUUCAUAUCGACUUGGUCAAACAAAGCCUGUCUAUAUCUAUCGUCUAAUGGUCAAAGGUACAAUGGAAGAAAAAAUUUAUAAACGACAAAUAACUAAACAAGCCAUGUUUCAUCGUGUUAUUGAUGCUGAACAACUUGCUCGUCAUUUCACUUAUGAUGAACUUGCUCAACUUUAUGAAUAUGAUUUCGAUAUUGGUAAUGAUCCAAUGGAUAAACAUGAUGCUAAUCCAAUUCAAGAUAAAGUUUUACAAUAUUUAAUCAAUAAACAUUCGGAUACAAUUGUUUCUUAUUGUGAACAUGAUUCAUUUUUAACUCAUCAUGAUGAAGAAAUUUUAACUGCCGAAGAGCAAAAUCAAACCAACGAUCAGAUAAAAACCCAUCAGCACGAAUUCGAAGGUGAUGAUAUUAUAUGGAUUUGA